CCACAAUUCCAUCUUGCUUCUUUGAAACAGUCUGUUUUUCUAGAUCCAAAAUUGAGGAAAGAUACCACUGUUGGAACAAUCGCUUUUAAAGCUUUGCAGAACUUCUUACAUUCUUUGAACAAAGGACAAAUUGAUCUUAUUGACUUGCCUUCAUCAAUAUGGGAGAAUUUUGAGCAUGCUGAAUGCCGACCCUUCUUAGAAGAGUAUGUCAUCUCAGUAGAAGAGUUCUACGACAAAAUAGUUUUUCCACAUUUAUUAGAUAGAUACUGGAUGAAGGAAGAUUUAGAUAAACUACUUCUAUAUGGACUUAAUAAUGGCAGCAAGGAUUUAUUGUUACUUUUUUCAAACCAUGAGUGUAUUCCUACAAAACCAAAUGGUAAACGAGCACGUCCAUCCAAACUCAUAAACCCAAAAGGAGAACUGGCUGAACUAUUUUCUGAAUCAGAAGAAUGCUUUCCAGAAGAAAGUUUCAAUAGUUUACAAUCUCUUGAAACGCUAGAAUCACUAGGGAUGCAGGUGGAUGAAUUUAGUGACUGGAAACUACUUUCUGAAAGAAUAGAUGUUGCAUUAAAAUCGGAAGAUUAUGAACACAUUAAGAAACUUGCAACAAUUUUCUUCGGUACUUAUCAUCACCUUGUACCAGAAAAGGAGUUGACCAAACAUCUAACAGAUUUAAAGUUUGUCCAGAUCAUGUUCGAGAAAAACUUUCAUCUUUAAGAUUCUUACCUCGACUUUCUAUUUGUCAAAUGUAUGCAUGGUGCAAGAAAACAGAUAAUAGUGAAUUUAUCUCUGCAACCGAAGGAUACAUGCCUGAAUUAACAAAACUAGUAGGAUGUACACUACCAAUUGUUGACACAAAAAGUUUCAAAUAUAGGAACCCUGUUUCAAUUGAGGUUUUGAAAUGGUUAGGUGUAAGACAAGAAGCAGAUGUUCAAUUAGUUGUUGGUAAUUUGUUGCGGAUAUCAGAUGACUAUAUUACAUCAGACUCAACAUUCAGUCAUAUGUUUCCGGUGUUAGAAAAGUCUGUGUUGAAAAUGUAUGACUAUAUUUUAUCACACACAAAUGACGAAGUCAAUACCUACAUUAAAGAGAAAUUAAAAAAUGCAGCAGUUAUUCUACAAGACACCACAAUGAAGAGACCACAAGAGAUUGUGCUAAACUUGCCCAUUGAUCUUUCUCCAUAUUUAUAUACAAUAAACCCAAGAUAUAAGAAAUAUUCCGACUUUUUCUGUUUGAUUGGUGUAACAAAGAAACUAACCAUCUCAAAAAUACUUGAAGUUUUAGUAUGCAUAGUCAAUGAUAAAGGUAGUGAAGAGCUAUCCGAUGCUGAAAUAACAUGUAUGGUGCAUUUAACUGAGCCAUUACCAGAACUACUACUACCAGGUAAUAAAAUUGACAGUCAAAUGAUUAAACUACCAGAUGAUGAAAACAAAUUAACUCCAAUCAAAGACUUAUGGUUUGAUGAUACUCCUUGGCUGCAAUUCAGGUCAAAAAACAUCAAGCCAUUACAUGAGAAGUUUACGCAACGUGUUGCAAGAUCCAUGGGAGUUCAAUCAAAACGUGAACAGACUGUGAAUUCCUUAUCGAAAUCUGAUAAAUUCUUUCAGUUUGGACAACAUGAGGAUUUAACCAGUCGUAUUCAUCGCAUUCUUGAGGGUUAUCCAAGAGAUGACUCAAUUUUAAAGGAAAUUCUCCAAAAUGCUGAUGAUGCUGGUGCAACAGAGGUUAUUUUCAUAAAGGAUUUCAGGAAUCUUCCGGCAAAAUCCUUACCAAAUGAGAAAUGGAGUGAUAUGCAGGGACCUGCUUUAUGCAUUUACAAUGAUAGCUAUUUCACAGAACAGGAUUUGAAAGGCAUUCAAGAUUUGGGUAUAGGAACUAAGAGGGAUGAUAUAUUAAAGACUGGUCAGUAUGGAGUAGGAUUUAAUGUAGUAUAUCAUAUAACGGACGCUCCAUCAUUUUGGUCAAAAGGUGGAAAAAUAGGAGAGGUUGUCUGCAUUUUUGAUCCACAUUGCAAAUAUGUUUCCAUGGCAACUCCACAGAAGCCAGGGAUGAUGAUAGAUGCAAAAGAUCUGCAUGAAACAUUUGCUGACUUUCACACAGGUUAUCUACCAAUGUUAACCAGGGACAAGGCACAGGGAACUUUAUUCCGUUUACCAUUACGCACAAAAGAAAUGGCAUUAUCAUCCAAAAUUUCAGGGGAAGACACUAACGAAAAAGAUAUAGAAAAAGUCGUUAAACUACUAGAAGAUCAAGUUUUUGACUGUAUGAUCUUUUUAGAAAACGUAAAGAAAGUAAAAAUUGGUUCAAUUAGGGAAGAAGAAUUGGUAAUUGAAUAUGAAGUUGCUUCAACAAUGUCUGGUGAAGAUGUAAGCAAACAGGAAGAUUAUAAUCAUUACCUUAAAGAGAUAUCAAUGAAAAUUAAACAGAAGAAAGACGGUGCUUUCAGUACAACACCAAAAGAAAUUUCAAUAACACUACAAAUAACUGAUAACAUGAAGAAGAAAGAAGAUUAUUUGAUUGUAAAGCAAGCUGGAUUCCUCACAAAUUCUCCAUUUCCUGAAAAACUUCAGAAUGCUUAUGAGAAUGGACAGCUACAAAAACUACCAAGAGGUGGAGUUGCUAUUUUUUUGUCUCCAAAACCAAAAAUUACAGGUAGAGCUUAUUGUACUUUACCUCUCCCAGUGAAGACAGGUUUACCUGUUCAUGUAAAUGGGCAAUUUGCGUUAGAUCAUGAGUCUAGGAGAAACUUGUGGAAAAGUGAGGACUCAGUUCAGUAUUUAUGGAAUUUUCAGCUUGGCAAAUUUUUAGUAGUACCAGCCUACAUAUCUGCUCUACAGGAGUAUAAACUGUAUCCUUUGCCAGCUCGACAAUUCAGUACAGAGACCAUUGAUUUACUUCAAAUGAUCCGACACUUUGAAUCUCUAUUCCCGAAGAAUAACAAUGCCAGUGACAAUUAUUGGAAAGAUUUAGUAAAAUCCAUUUAUGACAAAAUAGCAAACGGUAGAUUCAACUUGUUCCCUGUUAUUUUAGAUGAUACUUCUAAUUGGUUUGAAAUUAACUGGGUACCAGUUCAGAUAGAUGAUGACUUUGCUGGUUGUUUUAACACACUUGAUCAAUACUAUAAACCCAAGAAGACACCUCAAUAUGCCACAAUUCAAGAUGCUACAACUCAAGAUGCUACAGUUUUGUCUUCCCACAAAGCACACUCGAAAAUUGAUGAAGAAAUUGAACUUACACGUCAACUGGAAGAUCUAGAGAACAUUUUGGUCUCACUGGGAAUGAAAGUUUUGAAAUCUGCCGGUUGGAUUCGACAAGAAAUUAAAGGAGCUAAAACUGUUAGUCCAGAGUUGGUAUUGAAGUUUCUAAAAUCUCAUACAAAUCAAGGGCAAUCCAAUGGAUGUAUUUUAGGAGAACUGCCAAGAGAUGUUAAUCAAACUUCUUUUAAAAGCGUAGGUAAUUUGAAAAUCGUGUUCGAGUUUGUGAUGAAAGUCAUUACGGAAGAAUACUCCCAAAACAGUAGCCAUAAGGAUUCCAAAUCUAUUGACUUCUUGUAUGGGGCACCACUUUUACUACGACAAAAUCAUCAACUAGAUGUUUUUAGUGAGGACAGCGUAGUUACUGUAUCAAAAUUCUGUGAUCUUUUACCGAAAUAUUCAGACCGGUUUCUUUCUCAAGAUAUUUUACCCAUUCUUGAAGACUAUGUUUCAGUAUAUAAACCGCUUAAAGAAUGGAGCAUUGCAGAAUUCGCGGACUGGUGUAAUGGAACAGAUUUACAUCUCUCUAUUGGUCAGGAUAGAAUGGUAUCUUGGAAGAGAGGAAAACCUGUAAGUGAGCCAUGGCUGGUUAUGCUCUGGAAUUUUCUUAACCAUCAUAUAAAAAAAUCAGCAGAUAACUUUGGAUCAAUAUCUUUAGAAAACCAUUUGAACCCAGUUAAAUCCUUUUCUAUACUUCCUGUUAAAACUGCGAGUAACACGUUUAAGUUGUAUCCAUUGAGUCAAGCUGAUAAUGUUAUAGACUAUGUACAUCUAUCGCCCUGUGAUAUGAAUGUAAUGCCUGUAUUAAAGGAGACAGCGAAGAUUCUCAAAAACUUAAGGUUACCAGAAUUACACCAUCUCGCCUUGGAUCUCUACCAUGAGUACAGAGCCUGUGACAUAGUGGCGAAUAUGAAACAUCCAAUAAGGCUCCUUGAAGUAUUAUACACUAACACAAAUUGCUUUGCAUCAAUAGAAACCAAAGAAGCAGAAAUCAUUUUGCAAUAUUUUAAUGAGUUUAGAAACAAAAUGGUGACUUACCAGAAUAAAUUAAAAGAAUUAAAACUUUAUGAAACACAUGAUGGUGAAUUGAUUACCUUAAAUAAUAUGCCGAAAAAAUGUAUCAGACUAAGGGAUUCUUACCCACAAGUACCUUCACAAGGUUUUCAAGACUGGUCAUCUGUAUCAAAUGUUAUUAUCCUAAAACGUCACAGCAAGCUUGAUGAUCUAUUUAAAACCAUUGGAAUAGAAGAUACUUCACCAGCAGACCUCUACUUAACAUAUAUUCUUAGGUAUUUUCAUGGCUUUAGUGAUGAAGACCAGUUGUGUCAUUUGCAGUACAUUAAAGACAACCUGUUGAUCAAAAUGGAAAGGGAUUUUAAACCCAAAAGAGAGAAAUUAAUUCAAAUGCUAACACAAGUCAAAUUUAUUUCAUACAGAAAUGAAAAAACAGUAGCCUCAACCUUCUAUGAAAAGGAAAAUGAAGUAUUUGAUGUGAUGCAUGAAUUACUUGAAUUUCCACCACCACCAUUUAAUGACCCUACAUGGAGACGAUUCUUGAUUCACGCUGGACUGAAAAAUAAAGUGUCAGAAGAUAACUUUGUCUUUUUUGCAGAAACGAUUGCCCAAGAAGCACUUUCUAAUGGUGUAACGGACAAAUUAAAAAAUCAAUCACUAGUACUUGUCAAUUAUCUGUUUAAAAAGAAAAACGAUAAUAACAUACAAAGUAUCUGCACGAGAAUAAAAAGCAUCAAAUUUCUUGAACAAGAGAGUUUACCAGAUGAUGACUACAGAAUACAAAUUAAUUCACAGUUUGGCAGCUGUAGAAAUUUUAUAGCAUUCCAGGAUUCAUAUGAUUACAAACGUUUUGAUCUAAUUUGGUCGGUGAAAAAUGUUCUGAAAAGAAACAUUUGUGAUUUAGCAAGACGGGACGAGUUUUAUGUUAAUUGGUUCCAACUGUUAGGAAUAUCACAAAAUGUGGAUUCAACCACAUUCAUCAGAAAUAUGCAAAAUGUGUGUUCAUCUCUGACAGAUAAAUCAGUUGCGAGUAGAAUUAGCUUAGACGACCAGAAGAAGUUAUUUGAAACAUAUUAUCAAUUUCUACAGGAUAAGUUACCUGAAGUUAGGGAGGAACUUAACAAUCUUAAAGAUUAUCAUACUAUAUUUUUACCUGAUGAUGAAUUGCUUGUUCCAGCUUCUCAGUUAUUCUAGAA